CAAUCACCUCUUUCUUCGCUCCUAAAUUCGCUGAUCGAUCGUUCGAUUUUUUUUGUUUUUUGACUUUCCCUGAAAAGAAAGUGCCGAGAAAAUUUUCGAAAGGCAAGAAUGCAUUCGCUGAAUCUGAGGGUGUUGAGUGAUUUCAAUACGGGGACGACGGGGUCGUCUUGGCCUGGUCGAUUCGGCUGCGGAGUCUCGGAUUUCGAGGCCGGGACGAGAAGGCGGUGGUUGAAUUUGAAUCGCAGAGAUCAAUCGAAGACGUGGAGAAUCGUUGCUUGUUCUUCUGAGAUUAAUAGCGGCGGCCAUGGCGGAGGGAGUGGUGGUGUGGAGAGUCAGAGUUCGUUUCUCUCGAGAAGCCAAACUUAUGCUCUAUUGAAGCAGCAAAUGGAAGUUGCCGCCAAAUCUGAGGACUAUAAAGAGGCCGCUAGACUUCGUGAUUCACUGAGAUUAUUUGAGGAAGAGGAGCCGAUUUUACACAUGCGCAGGUUGAUGAAUGAGGCCAUUGCUGAUGAGAGGUUUGAGGAUGCAGCUAGGUACCGUGAUGAACUGAAGGAUAUUGCCCCACACUCUCUCUUGAAAUGUUCAAGCGAUGCAACAACAUUGGGAAUUAGGGUUCAAGUAAGGAGUGUGUUCAUUGAUGGCCGAAGUCAACCGUCAAAAGGCCAAUACUUUUUUGCAUAUAGAAUAAGAAUUACCAAUAACUCAGACCGUCCUGUUCAGCUUCUCAGAAGACACUGGAUUAUCACUGAUGCAAAUGGGAGAACUGAAAAUGUUUGGGGAAUUGGAGUUAUUGGUGAACAGCCAGUUAUACUCCCGAACACUGGCUUUGAAUACUCGUCUGCAUGCCCAUUAAGCACCCCGAGCGGGAGAAUGGAGGGCGACUUUGAGAUGAAGCAUAUAGAUAAAGUGGGCUCCAAGACCUUCAAUGUGGCUAUUGCCCCGUUUUCUCUCUCCACACUAGGAGAUGGUACCGAUACUUUUUGAGUGGUGAACUGUGACAACGUCCCAGAGUAGGACUAGGCUCUUGACAUCAACGUGCACCAGAUUUCUACCAAAUCACUAUGCCAAAGUUGCUGAUUUAGGAUCAGAAAAGUCGAGGGGUUAACACUAUAUGCCUUUGGUGAGUGUAUAAAAAAUCUCUUUUGUUAGGGAAUAUAUAGAGUAAGAUUUUUGAUUAAUUGUUUUGUCAAUUUUGUACAUAUGAAUUUCCACCAUUGAUGUUACAUGUCACGAACUUUUGCAAGAAAUCAAUUGUUGGAGAUGAAUGUACAGAUUUUAGUACAAUAAUAAAUGAAAAUCGUCUUCUACUUUGCUGUGGAUCAGUUAAA